AUAUAUCAUCAGAUGGUAUCACUCCUUCCAGAUAGGACUCAACAGGUCAGAGUGAACCUAACAACAUCUCAGUUAAAAACAAUAAGUACAGGUGUCCCUCAAGGGUGUGUGAGUUCCCCCCCAUUAUUCACAGUAUACACCAACGACUGCACUAGCAGUCACCCUGGUGUCUCUUUUAUUAAAUUUUCAGACGACACUGCCAUUCUGUGUCUUACAGAUAUGGAGACAACCACCUCUGUGUAGCCUACAAGCAGGAGGUGGAUAACUUUGUACAGUGGUGUGGUGACCACCACCUCACUAUUAAUACAAAAAAACAGAGGAAAUGGUCUUUGACCCAGGUCAUGUGGGGGACCACACGCCGUUAUUGAUUCAGAGUGUCAAUAUUGCUCAGGUUGAUUCAUACAAAUACCUGGGUGUGCAUAUUGAUAAUAACCUGUCCUGGAAUGUCCAUGUUACUAGUGUGUGUACUAGGAUCCAGCAGAGACUUCACUUUCUACGUAGACUAAGGGUGUUUGGUGUACAACAGAAGGGCACCAAUGCCUCUGCCCUGGAAAAAGACAUUGGGCCAGAGCAGUUCCCCAUUAAUGAACACUACUUUGGAUUGGUCAACUUUGGGAACACGUGCUACUGCAACUCGGUGCUGCAGGCGCUGUACUUCUGCCGGCCGUUCCGGGAGAACGUGCUGGCCUACAAGGCCCAGCAGAAGAAGAAGGAGAACCUGCUCACGUGCCUGGCCGACCUCUUCCACAGCAUCGCCACGCAGAAGAAGAAGGUGGGCGUCAUCCCGCCCAAGAAGUUCAUCUCGCGCCUGCGCAAGGAGAAUGACCUCUUCGAUAACUACAUGCAGCAGGACGCGCACGAGUUCCUGAACUACCUGCUGAACACGGUGGCCGACAUCCUGCAGGAGGAGAAGAAGCAGGAGAAGCAGAACGGCCGGCUCAAGAACAACGGCACGGCCGCCAUCGCCGGGGACAACGCCCUCAACGCCGACCACAACGCCGACCACAAGGCCGAGCCCACCUGGGUGCACGACAUCUUCCAGGGCACACUGACCAACGAGACGCGCUGCCUCAACUGCGAGACGGUCAGCAGCAAGGAUGAGGACUUCCUUGAUCUGUCUGUGGACGUGGAGCAGAACACAUCAAUAACACACUGCCUCAGGGAUUUCAGUAAUACAGAGACUCUGUGCAGUGAGUACAAAUACUACUGUGAAACAUGCUGCAGCAAACAGGAGGCCCAGAAAAGGAUGCGGGUGAAGAAGCUGCCCAUGAUCCUGGCGCUGCACCUGAAGCGCUUUAAGUACAUGGAGCAGCUGCACCGCUACACCAAGCUGUCCUACCGCGUGGUCUUCCCCCUGGAGCUGCGCCUCUUCAACACCUCCGGAGACGCCAUCAACCUCGACCGCAUGUACGACCUGGUGGCUGUGGUGGUCCACUGUGGCAGUGGGCCGAACAGAGGACAUUACAUCACCAUAGUGAAGAGCCAUGGCUUCUGGCUGCUGUUUGAUGACGACAUAGUGGAGAAAAUUGAUGCACAGGCCAUCGAGGAAUUCUACGGCUUGACUUCUGACAUUUCCAAGAAUUCCGAGUCUGGAUAUAUUCUCUUCUACCAGUCCAGGGAAUAGGAAACGGAAGAGGAAGAAAGGAAGACAGAGAUAAAGAUCGAGAGUGUGUGAUAGAGAGAGAGAGUGAGAGAGAGAGAGAAAGAAAGAGAGAGAGCACACGGGGAGGGAGGGUAAAAGAACAUAAACAAGUUGACUAGGAACCCCUUACUCCUGACUCCCAACCGCUAGACCCCCCCCCCACACACACACACACACACACACACACACUCACACACACACACCCUCCCAUCUUUCCUCUCCUCAGUGCCUCCCCCCCCCCAAAAUCGUUGUGCCAGUACCCCAGCCCUUUCCUCCCCCUCAGUCUGCCAACACUACAUUUCCCACAAUCCUUUGUUUCACCUCCCCUGAGACACUGGGAGUUCUUUUUUGUUCCUUUAUCUUUUCUUUUUUUGUCUUACUUUCUCUUAGAUUUUUUUUAAACUGCAUUUCACCUGCAUUUGAAUGGCACUUUAGAACAAAUAUCAAAUGACAAAGACAGAUAUUUGGGUGGGGAGCAAGCUGACAACUGAAGCUCACACUCUUCAGCUAUCUAUGAGGAGUGUACAGUACAUGGCUCUGACUGCCCAGUGCCCAAAUAUGGACAUCUCUCUCACCGUUACCAGGGGUGUGGUCUUGUUGCUUGGGCCUCUCUUCCACAGAAAAGGAAACUUAGCAAGAAAUCUCAAUUUCUAUAUUUAUGUAUUGUUGGUGUGUGUGUGCGUGUGUGUGUGUGUGUGUGUAUGUGUGUGCAUGGUUGUAUGUUUGCCCGGGAGCAAAUUUCAUGUGCAUUUCCAUGUGAAUCAGAUGAACUCUGAUACUAAUUGGCAAGGUGCCUGGCCCUUGUUCUGUCUCUGAGUGUGUGUAUGUGUGCGAGUGAGAGUGUGUGUUUGAAGUGACGUUAAACAGAGCGGUGCUGAUCCCUUCCCAGAGGGUGUGUGUGUGUGUGUGUGUGUGUGUGUGUUUGAUGUCUCUGACUUUAAAGAAGGGACUUGAAAGUACUGUCAAAGGCCUAGUGUUUAACAUAUCAAUAACAGUCUCUCUUGUCUGGUUAGGGGACAGUGAAACCAGACCUUGUGGUGAAGUAGGUUGUGUGUGUGUGUGUGUGUGUGUGUGUGUGUGUGUAAGCACACAGAAGCCUGUACCAGUAUGCAAGAUGGUGUCUUGCAGGACCUUGCGCAUAUUUGCGUGCUAUAUGCACAACCAACAGGUGUGGUCACGUGGAGUGGAGCUUAUAUUGCAAAGUGCUGAAGUCUGGGAGCUUGUUUUGAUAGGCGUCGGCUGUGCUUAGGGGCGGGGAAGUCUCUUAAUGGCUCCUCUGUUGGGUUGGCCAUGUUCUGGCCCGUCACGUCACAGCAUCACAGGCUGGAAUUUGCCAUAGGAACAGCAGAGGAGUUAAAGCUGCAGGUGAUGGAUGGAUGGAUGGAUGGAUGGGUUGGUUGAGUGGAGUGAUAUUGGGAAGGCGCCGUGUUUUUACUCAGUCGACUGUUCCUGGAGUGUGUCAUCUUGCUCAGAAAGCACAUGACUGCAUCUGCGCUCUGAUUUUUUAAAAUAGCUUCACGUCUGUAGAUUUCUUUGUUACCGGUAUGUCAUCUCAAUUGACGAGACCUUGCAGCUUUUGCUACCAUACAGCCGCCCUGAGUGUUUACGCUGGAGGGAUUCGAGGUCUUUUGUUUUCCUUCUGAAUGCCAAAGAGUUGAAUGAGAGCAGCCUUGGAUGCCUUCUGUACAACAGAUUGGCACAGGGUUUGUGUGACUCCAGUGAACUUCUAGCAAAGUUUUGAGAGAAAGAGAAGAGAGGUGAAGAGAGAGAGAGAAAGAGAGAGUAAAGGAGUAUGGAGAAUAGGAAAGAAGGGAAGGAGAAAGAAGAAGAUAGCAAGGCCAGCCUGUCAUUCAGAAGUGAUUACAAAAGAGCCGGCGAUGUAAUUGCGUCUCUUUCUAACUAAGCUGCUGUGGUCCACAAUCAUCUCACAUCCUUUCUCCAGCUUGCUUUGUUAAAUUAGCUCGUCUCAAUCCAGACGCUGGCACUAUUUGUCUAACGUCUAGCAGUAGGGCCGCUCACUUUGACAAGAAUGGAGAAACAAUCGGCUUUCUUUGGCUGAGCCGUAACAAACACCGGUGCAUCAUCUGCGUGGUGUCGGCGAGCUCUGCAGCUGGUCCCCUCCAUGUUAUUGGCUUAGGUGGUGUUUGCAGUCUUCAGGGUCUGGGGAAAUAUCUCCACUGCCUCUGCAGUGUGUGACGCAUUCGAGUCUUUGGCUGGUGUGGAGUUCAGUGAGAUAUUCUUAUUAUUGUGUUGUUGCACACAGACACACACAGACACACAGACACUCACACAUACUCCAAUUGCAACAGUUUGUUAGCGUGACUCAUCUCUUAUGACCUUGUUUAAUGAUUUGCCCUAAUUCUAGUAGGUAGCAGGAUUGCUGUGUGUGUGUGUGUGUGUGCGUUAAUGUGUGUGUGUGUGUGUGUGUGUGUGUGUGUGUGUGUGUGUGUGUGUGUGUGUGUGUGUGUGUGUGUGUGUGUGUGUGUGUGUGUGUGUGUGUGUGUGUGUGUGUGUGUAUAACCCCUUCAUGGUGUCUUGUCAACACCCCACAUGGACACAGCUUAACUCCAGACAGAAGCGUCGUUAAAAGCCUUAGUUUUGUUUCCCCCAGCAGAGAGGCAGGUGUCUGGGCAGAGAGUAGGAGGAGGGGUGGGGGAGGGUACAGGUGGAACUGAGCUAUGAUUUCACUUCCCAGCAGUGGAUGUCCCUCUGGGCAGAGCGGCUGUUGCCCAGCCAGCGAAAUCACAACUGAUUCUGCUUCUCGUUCUCCAGUACUGAACUCAGCUUAGAGAAGGUUACAUCAGAGAAAUAGAGAGAGACAGACGGAGACGGAGAGAAAGACAGAGAGGGUGUUUGUGUGUGUGUAUAGAAGUGUUACUUUAGUCUUCAGACAUGCUGAAGGUAUUCCAUGCCUGCAGGUGGGGAAAGUAUGACCAGUAUGUUAACUUACAUGAAUGCAUUUAAUCUUUAACAAUGAAAAGAAAUCUUGUGCGUAUGCACGUGCGUGCGUGCGUGUGCGUGCGUGCGUGUAUGUGUGGUAGACAGGGGAAUGGAGGUUCAACUCCAUAUCAUGGUGCAAUAAAGUAACAGUGAUCAUACCGCAUAUUGGUAUGAGCAUUUUUUCGAGUGAUUAGAUUCAAAUCACAUUCUGUGAUCAUGCUAACCUUCUGGUUAGUUAAUGUAGUACUCACAAAAAAAACAACCCUACACCCAUUGUUGUGUAUUUUCCCUUGUUGCGUUGUCUUUGUUUGAUGUGCUUUAUGUCAUCUUACUUGAAACCAUUCCCUAUGGGAAACCUUGACAUACGUUACUGCCAGCGACUAAAUUCAGCUCUUCUCACCACAUAAGGUAUGUUUCAUAGCUAAUCAUGUUGUGCAUUUGGAGAUGAACAUGAGGUAACAUUAGUGUUUGGCAUGGUCGGUUCACAAGUCGCGUAAUGUCACUCUGACUCACUGUGCUGCUGGCAUAACUGAUGAUACCUCCCCCCUUUCGGUUGACCUUUUUACCUAGUUAUCUAUGCUUGAGCAAUUAUUAAAGUGUAUGUGUGUGUGCGUGUGUGCGCGUAUGUGUGUGUUCACCUGUGUGUAUGUAAGAGAGUGGGUACAAAAAGCAAAUGUAGCUCGUGCUCUGCACCCAUGUGAUCAUGUGUCCUUUUUGUUGUCCCUCUGCAACUUGAAGUGGAACCACAUUCUAUAAAGAUGUGCCAAAACUGGAAUAUAAUAACAACACUAACAACACACAUGCAAGUACUGUACUGUGUGCACAUGGACAAGAACAGUUACCACGACUGGAACAGUGGAGAGACUCCCAUGCAAGCUCUUCUAGAAGAAUCCCAUGAUGAACACUAUGUUACUUGCUAACAUAACCUUUGUACAUAGGUACAAUGUAGAAAUAUCUGCUAGGACUAUGAAAUCGAUAUAUUUUUGAAGAAAAACAAAGUGAAGGUUAUACAAAAAAGAUCUAUUGUGAAGAUGGAAGAGAUGAUCAAAUCAAUGCAAUGCUCACUAGAAGUUUUCAAACCUGGUUGGUCAGGUCCAUUUCUGUAUCAGUUCCACAUCUGAGUGAAACCUUUUCAAAAAUGUUUGUCCAGUCUCGGAAAGGACAGCUGUGAAUUCAAUGGCUUUGUCUGUCAAAACACAACCUCCUUACCCAACCCUCCACCCCCACCCCACACACAGACACACACACACACACACACACACACACAUACAGACACGCACACAUGCAUACAUACAUACAUACAUACAUAACUGUUGCAUCAUCAAGGUCUUACCAUGAUUAUCUUUGUUAUAUUUGUGUAAAUAUUCCAUUUUUAAAAUGUGCAUACAGACCAAUGUAAAAAAAAAGUUCUGUUAGUCACACGUUGAGUGUAAGUUUGUGCUUAUGUUGGUCUUCAUUGAUUUAUUUUUUAUUUUUUAUUUUUAAGUCUGUGGUCUGACUUCGUUCACCAUGGGCGAGUGUGCGAGUGCAAGUGUGUGUGCGAGUGCGUGCGUGCGUGUGUGUGUGUAUGUGUGUUCUUCUAGGUGGGUGGUUAAGGGGUUGACACUAGUGGAACUGUAAGUGCACUUUUCUAGCGCAGAAUUAAAAUGCUUUAAUAAGAGCUGUGGAGUAACUGAGAUUUGAGUGUUUUUUUUUCCUCUGGUUUCUCAAUAAACAUAAGAAAUCAG